AUGAGUCAUCAACAGUACGUGAAAAAUUUCAAAGGCUCUGCCUUUAAUCGCACAAAAACAACAAUAGAUGUUUCCAACACGGAAACGCUUGGGUGGGGAUCCAGAUGUGCUAGCCGAACUAUCUAUGUGGAGAAAGCACACUCGCCGUUGUGCAAUGCAUUCUUCUACUGUGUGCUUGUCACCGUAGUGGGUGUUGCUCUUGUGGCACAUAUGUAUUACUGCACGAAGAUAAUUGAAGAAAGAUUAGAGGCCAGACUAGAGGAAAGACUAUUAUCUAUCCUAGAAGGCAGGAAAGGCCUCAAUGAAUUAGACAACAGAAGUAGAAAGAUUAAUUAUGGAUCAGCACAACAUUUAAAUAAGCAGGAAAAUCAUAGAAUAAGGAGAAAAGCGCCUACAAAAAAAGAAGACAAGAAUAAGGAUAAGGAAUCUAAGCAAACAUUCAAAUUUAUCCAUCUGGUUGGGAGAAACAGUUCGAACACGAUUUACGAUGUCGACCGCAAUUUUAUUUGGGAUUCUAACAACUUAAAUUUGGGACAAGCAAACUUGGUUGGCGUUAGACCAAUACCAACUUCAAAGGUCGGUGAGUUCAACAUGAUAAAGAUUACGAAGACGGGAAUGUACAUGGUGUACUCGCAGAUUGCUGUUGUUGGAAAACAACAAAGCUUGUUCAGACCUCCAAUCGACUGUGCACAUGAAACAGUGUUGACAACGAACACAGAAGACAAGGUGAUACUGAAAAGUUUGAGAACACAAAUGUUGCCCGCUCACUCCAUACACAGUUCGAUAAAACCAAUAGACACAAACCUACAAAUGGGUAUCUUCCAUUUGAAAAAAGAUAACUCACUGAGAGUUCGCCCUUCCAAGUCAUGCGACAAUGACCAUGACUACACCAUGACACCUGAACAUUCUUAUUUUGGCGUCGUGAAACUUGGUUAACCAUGCCAGCUAAACAAGACGCCGUAGUAUGAUUGUAGCCGCACCGAGUCAGAACAUUUUUUAAUGCACCAUAUCUAUUGUGUUUUAUGCUAUUUGAUUGCUUAUUAGAGUUUUAGAGUAAUCUUGAAUUAAAAUUUUAAAUGUUAUGUUCAGACAUUUUAAAUUCGAAUAUGGCUACACAGCUUGAUUACAUGUUUUUGUAUAUAUGUACAGAUAGUAAAUUUAAAACGUGUUUAGUGUAGUGCUAGGUUGGCUAUCGACAUUGUCUUAAACUAAGUUAUAUGUUUACACAAAACCGAAUCAGUCAACUUUUUUACUUGCUUAAGUAUUGUGCACAUGGACAGUGUAUAAUUAUAUACAUUCUUUGUGACAUUUAAUGCUUGUGUAGUUUUUGUAUACAUCACAUAUUUUGUAAAGUCGAAUAAAGCUUUCAU